CAAAUGAGGAAGCAGUCAGGAACACACAAGCGGUCAAAGAACAAACGGCGGUGGAAAUGAGGCACACUUUGGUCCUCCUGCUCGCCUGUUUGGCUGCGUGUGGCGUUCAGGGGGCCUCAGAGUUCAAGAUAUGUGCCUUCAACCUUCAGCACUUUGGGGAAUCCAAAGCUGGGAAUGACGACGUCAUGCACACAUUGGCCAAGAUCAUCAGUCGGUGCGAUGUGAGUCUGCUUCAGGAAGUGAGAGACAGCAAACAAAGAGCUAUACCCAUGUUGCUUGAGCGUCUUAACAAGUUUGAUAUUCAUCACCAGUAUGACGCCGUGGCGAGUGAGAGACUUGGUAGAUCGGAAUCCUACCAGGAGCAGUAUGUGUUUGUCUACAGGGUCGAUACGGUCAGGGUGACCGGUAAGUAUCAGUACCCUGACAGCAGGCCGGGAGACGAGGACGCAUUCUCCAGAGAACCCUUUGUUGUCCGCUUCAAAGCUCCUAAGACAGCCAUCAAGGAGUUUGUCCUCAUCCCACAACACACCAGUCCAACCAACACCAGUAAGGAGCUGGAGGCACUUUACGAUGUCUUACAACAUGUGAAGAAGAUGUGGAAAACUGAGAACGUGAUGCUUCUUGGGGACUUCAACGCUGAUUGCAACUACCUCUCCAAGAGGAGGCGGGAGAAACUGCGCUUGUUCACAGAAAAGGAUCUGUCCUGGCUGAUAAAGGAUAAGACGGACACCACUGUCCGUUCAACCACCUCAUGUGCUUAUGACAGGAUCCUUGUGAACGGUGAUGCAUUUUCCAAAGCAGUUGUGCCAUUUUCUGCCAAGCCGUUUAACUUCCAGUUGGAAUAUCAACUCACAGAAGAGGAGGCACUCAAGGUCAGUGAUCAUUACCCCGUCGAGGUCCUGCUGAGGAACGCAGCUUUAAAAGUGUCCUUCAGCCUCUCCGUCAUCUCGCUGCUACUCUUCAUCUCCAGGUGAAACCAGCCUGGACUGGACUGGACUCCUGUGGCACAGGUGGUGUCGUAUUUUGACUUCAACUUUGCAGAAGUCUCUUGUGCAUUCACUUCAAGGCUAGAACUAGGCCUGGGCGAUUUAUCGAUUAACUCAAGUUUUUUUUUUUUUUGGCGGAGGAUCUAAAUUUUUUUUAAACUAUCUUUUUUUUUCUUCUUGUUCUAGCAUACUUUUUGACCACAGGAGCUUCCUCUCCCUUCAUCUCAUUAGCACACAUUCACAAACAGCAACAACAUGGCUAAUGCUAACACCAACUAGUUCCAAAGAAAGGAAACAUGUAGUCAGUGGUUUGGAUUUGUGACUAAGGUGGUAGAAGUAAAAAGUGCCACAACGUAAACUAAACAGCAGCUUUAUUGUAAAAGCUCAAAUACUCUGCUGCUUACUGUGCAGCUAGGCCUUCAUCUUUAGCACAAUGAACAGUGAAGUAGAUGCUCUGAUUACCUUUGCGGCGGAGCUGGAAGUCUUUCAAAUCAGUGUCUUUGUCUUGCGAGUCGGUAGCUCUGCUAGCAUUAGCAUCCCUAGCUCCCACAUUGCCCGCUUGAGUGUCUUCAUGCCGUCACAACAGGUGUGUACUAAGAUUAGUCGUGCUGCCGCUUUCCAAACAUUACAAAUGGCCAUACUUUUAUCCAACUGACCAUUUAAAAAAAAAAAAAAAAAAUAUUUACCACACUUUAGAUUUAAGAUUCGGGAUUGCAUUGUUUGUAAACUCUUCCGGUGCUGUCUGCCAUGUCGCUCUGUGGUCAGUUGCAAACGAGAACGUUACUCUCAUUUUACGUCACUACAGAAGUCUCACAAGAUUAAAGCGGCCAUAUUUAGUAGCAGAGCUCCAAUCAACCAAUUCAUGACUUUCCAACCGGACAUGGACUGAUCCAUACUAGAUAUAGAUCGACCCAGCGGCUCGCCAAACAAUGUAUUAAUAUUUCUAAAGUUAAAAUCGGUUUUCCAUUUGUACCGAUUAACUUUUACACCACUACCCAUACUUGCCAACCUUCCCGAUUUUCCCGGGAGACUCCUGAAUUUCAGUGCCCCUCCAGAAAAUCUCCCGGGGCAACCAUUCUCCCGAAUUUCUCCCGAUUUCCAGCCGGACAACAAUAUUGGGGGCGUGCCUUAAAGGCACUGCCUUUAGCGUCCUCUCUCACCUGAAAAGGAGACUAUUAUAUAUGUGUCCGUUAUCCAUAGGUUUAUCUAUAACCCAUAAAGUAGGCAGGCACGGAGCUAUUUUUCAGCGUGUGUUUAUUCCAGCCGGCACGUUAAUACACUGACACACAACAUUUGGAUUCCCAUCAUGCAUUGCUUCAAAACUACGGCAAGUAGUAAUGUCCAAAAACAUAACACAGACGAAGCAGAAGAACGAAGAAGAGACAUGGUGACGAUGAGUAAGAAGAAGUACGCUUGCAAGUUCCAAAAUGAUUGGAAAAAAUACUUUCAGGUCAUCCAGGACAGCUUGAAGGGGAAGGGGUAUGCUGCCUGCACAUUUUGUAGAUCAGACUUCUCUAUUGAACACGGUGGCCUAACGGAUAUACUCAUUCAUGAACGGGUUAUUUAUAUACAAGUAUUUCUUAUAUAUAUAUAUAUAUAUAUAUAUAUAUAUAUAUAUAAGAAAUACUUGUUUUGUUUGCAUUAUAAUAAUAUCAAUGUAGGAGUUUAGUUUAGUUCUUUUCAUGCAUUGCGAAAUGCUAAUAUUUUUUUAAAAUGUUAUUCAAAACAGAAGUUUGCCACCCAGAGAAAACUCUUAAUUUAGUUUUGUUUUUUUAAUGUUUUAUACAAAGUGUAAUUUUAAUCUGUCUAAAAAAACAUUUUAUAAAAAUGGCUCAUGCCAUGUAUCCUGCAUUGUUUGUAUCCUUUUAACCUACUAUUUUUUUUAAAUAAAAAACAAAAAAGUCCGAAAAAAAUCAUGAAUCAAAUUUUUAGUAAGAAAAAAAAAAUCUGAAAUUCUAUUUUUAGGCCAUAUUGCCCAGGCCUGGCUGAAGCCUUUAUUUUUUUUUCAUGGACAUUUCGAGAAGUGAUACCGUCAGUGUGACACAGUAUCGUGUUUGUAAAAAUAACUUUGGUUUGUUUGUACGGUACUAGCUCACUAAAAAUAGGAAGUGAUGGGUCCAACGAUACUGAAGCAUUAUGAAACUCAAGGAGUGAUACAGUGUCCAACGAUACCUCCGUGUGUGUGUCACUUUAAGAAUAGACCCCCUGACCGAUACAGUUGUCGUUUCACUGAAGCGCCAAACUGUGUUUAUCAGGAAGCUUCUUCUGGCUUGUGAGUAACAGCUUGUACGGUUGCACAUCACCUUAAAAAAAUUCCAAAGUGUGGGGUCAUUUUUGAUCAAAUAUCGCCAAAUAAGAUACAACUUCUUGGUGUGUGUGUUUCAUAAUACUUUCAUUAUAAUUACUUUUGUUAAGUAUUCAAUUCAUUUGCAGGUCAAAUGUAGUGACUUUUUAAAUCCAGCAGAUGGUGCCAUUAUAAAACAACAACACAGUAUCAGUGCCGUGUCAAUACAGCCAGUGAGUGUGCCACAAGCUCACUUAGCCAUCACCAAAAGUAAGUUAUCUGGUUCAAUAAUUUGAUUUGUGUACUAUUGAUUAUAAUGACAAUACACAUGUAUUUAUUGUGUUUUUACCUCACUUUUAAACUGAAUGCACUGUUUAUCACUUGUCAGCUGUUAGUAAUGUUUAACCAAAAUGUGUGCAUUGUCAAUAGUGCUGUCAAUUAUUUAGAUGAAUCACACUUUUGUAAUUCAUCUAGAUUAAUUGCACUAAUUUGCCUAUGUGGAAUUGACUUUUAAAAAAGACCCAAAUAUUUUCAUACAAAUGCAAUUUUAUUGUCAUAAUGUCACAUAGGAACUUUUUUUUUUAAUGUUUACUUGAAUGCAUGUCAUUUCUAUGCUAAACUCUCAUUAACAGUUUUAAGUUGUUUUAAUUUUGAAGAGCAAUUGGAGUCUCUUCACUCAUCUUUGCACUGAUGUAUAACGGUACUGUAAAAAUAAGUCCGUAGAUUUGAUGGUAAAAAAAAAAAAGGCCGCUCAGUCGCCAGAAUUGUACCGUAAAAAAUAACAGUGGCACUGUUUUUCGACAUACAGUAAUACACUGUAAGAACGAGAUUCUAUGGCAAAAAAUAUUCAUUUUGCAGUAAGUCGGAGAAAAAAACAUUGUAAAUUUUACAGUCAAAUUCUGCGACUAUGAUGCCAGUUUUUAUUGUCAAAUCUACUUUUUUUUUUUUUGCCGUGUGAUCACUGACCGUAUAACCUCCUGUGCUGGGACCUGUCAAAAUAAAUGACGGGAUCAUUCUGUGUUUAUACAUGAAUAAUGCCAUCAUUUUUCUGUGAUUAAUCGCAUGUGUUAAGCAGCAGUGGUUCUCAAACACUUGGCUCUCCAAGCACCAACAUAAUGACCAACAUUAGAAUACAGUAGCGUAGUAGGACUAAGUAUUAAUUUAAAAACAAGGCAGGUUUUUAUUUACCAAGCAUAUUUAGUUUCUUUGGCCACUGCAACAUUACACAGUUUGAAGAGUAACACUGUGUUUGAAUAUUUAAUUGGCGUACCACUAUCUGGAGCCUGUGUACUAAUAGUGGUACACGUACCACAGUUUGAGAAUCACUGCUUUAAAGGCAUUAGACCUGAUUAUCUUCCAUAUUGGAGGAGAUUGUGGUGCUGAAGGUUUGUUGGCAAAAUAUUUCAACACAAACAAAUAAGAGACCGUCUCUCUGGCGUUGUCUGAUAGCGGUGUUAUAUGGUUGCAAAGCUGAAAGUUAAAGGAAUUUACGGAAGGGCACCACCAGGAGUGGAGCCUGCGGCUUAAUUUGACUCAACAAUUGAUUGAUUGCCUGAAGAGAGAAGGGUGUGGCGACAACGUUAGUUUGAAAAAGUUCCACAUACGUGGGGCGGUAUAGCUCGGUUGGUAGAGCGGCCGUGCCAGCAACUUGAGGGUUGCAGGUUCGAUCCCCGCUUCCGCCAUCCUAGUCACUGCCGUUGUGUCCUUGGGCAAGACACUUUACCCACCUGCUCCCAGUGCCACCCACACUGGUUUGAAUGUAACUUAGAUAUUGGGUUUCACUAUGUAAAGCGCUUUGAGUCACUUGAGAAAAAGCGCUAUAUAAAUGUAAUUCACUUCACUUCACUUCACAUACCGCUGACAAUGUUAUUAAAACUGUAAUUUAGGUGCACAUGGCGACGCAAAAUGGAGGCAAGUAAUUUACAGAAUGAAAUGCUCAAAUAUACUGCACCUGUUUUACAGCCAUUUUUUAUUCCUCUUGUUUUUAUUGAGGUCACAGGCGAGCUGACCUUGCAGAAUGCCCCGCCUUCUGUCCUAUACCCACUCUAUAUAUCCCAUAUAAAUAGUCUUUUAAACUAAAAACUGGUCCUAAAAGGUACCUUGUUAUUGUGCAAUACUAAGAUAUUAAAAUAAUAUAGUAUAGCAUGGCUAACCACUAGUUGUCAACUAGCGCGCCAAUCGCUAGCUGGCAAGUUUAAAAUGGAUUUACUCGGCAGCUCAGUCACGUUCAACAAUGUCCUUUUUUUUAAAAAUCCCAUAGCCCCACCAUGGUUAUCUGAACCUUCCUUAAAAUCGUACCUUUUAUUCAGCAGAACGGGAGGUCAUAAUAAAAAACACAAAGAAUACCAUUGAUGUUUGGUUUAAAUCAUAGCAUAAUAUUAGCAUGCUAGCUUUUUUUGGUGACAAUUUGCAGGAAUACACCUCAGCAUCAAACGUUUUGUUAUCUGACAAAUAACUGUUGGCAUGCUAACGUUAGUAUGCUAGAUUUUAUUCAGCCAAUGUUAGUAUACAAUGCAUACACCUAAGUCAUAUUUUGGUACUUGAUGCAUGCUAACAAUAGCAGGCUAGCAUUUUAAGCACUUUUUUCAGGUUAACUCAGAGUAAUAUUUUUUACUUGACACAAGUUAUAGUUAGCAUUUUAGCAUGCUAAAUUUUUUAAAGCUAAUUUAGCAAGUAAACACUUCAGUUUUCUUAUAUUUUGGUAUUUCACUAAUGCUAACUGUAUAUAUGCUAUUUACCCAGCGUUUUACCUUUUUCCCAUCUUUUACGGGGCGCCUUAUGGCAACCCAUCAGCGUUCCUGUUGUGUAACCCUGUACACUGUUUGUCUAAUCUUGAACGGGUUUGUGCUGAAAACAAAGUUUUGUUGUACUUGUGCAAUGAAAAUAAAGACCUAUCUCAAUCUGAAUCUGAAUCUGUUGUUAGCAUGCUAACUUUUUAGCUCAUUUUUUUGUUACUUGACAUUAUCUGGCCAGCAUGCUAACCGUUUGCAUUUCAGUUCG